AUGUUCCUCACAAGCCUUGCAAGUAUAGUCAAGCUUACUAUCAAUCAUGAAUCUAGAAUCAGACAACUGGAACGCAAUCGCUUUGCCAGCCAAACUCUGUCUCACGACUACUCAAUCAACGUGCAAACAGAGCACUAUGGCAAGCUCCGCUGGGUCGUGUUGACCCCUGGUCCAAGUCCACAAUCUGUGUACUCCGAACCAAGUAGGGACGGGUGCGGUGGAUCGUCUGAGAGCAUGAUGGAUCUCCACUCCCUCGCAUCGCACGAAGACAUCGAUUGGCAUCAUUUUGAGCAGCAUGUGAGCGGCCUUGACGACAACUGUUUCUCAAAUCUGCCUCAAAGCUACACUCAAAGCUCCAUGGAUGUAGCACACCAUUUCUAUGGCAACUCAGACCUUAAUGACUUUUAUGGUACACUGACACCGCCUUACGAUUCGCCGCAAUCGCGAGACCAGUCUAUAGCCACAGAGGACACAAGCGAGGGGUUCGGUACUCUCACCCAAUACCAUCCAUAUUACGCGUGGGCGCUUGAUACCUCUGAUGUUGAACACCUCCACCCGCAUAGGGCUGACAGUUGUCAGCCUCCCGAUCUUGGCGACCCCACUUUGAAGGCUAGCUGUGCGCCCGUGCUCAAAGUCGAGAUGUUUGGCCCUGGUUAUACUCAACAACCUCAACGGUCAUCACACUCGGUUUCUACGCCACCCGAGCAGUACUAUUCAGCAACCACUCCUGGUCUACAGACGUCGCUCGAUGUCUAUGAUCCGUAUCCACAGCGUUCGGCGCGCUCGCAAGAAGAGCUACAUUUUAGGGCCAUGGCAGAUAGCGAUGAUGAACGUGCCUCGCAACAGAUCAUGUCAGAACACCGACAGAGCGUGCGAUCAUGUAUUCCCCCCACCGAUCCCCUCGAUGCGACAUUCUCUUCUUCUCCCCUGGAGAGCACUUCGUCCCAUGGUCACCUCUCAAGACCAGCAGUAACCUCCCCGAACCAGACGCAGAGACCUAUCGCACAACAUAUAAAGAAGGGUACAGGAAAAGUCGGCUUGAAGGUACUCAAGGGCCGCUAUGGGAACAUGCUCUGCUCAAGUCCAAGCAAUGACUUGUUCGACGACAUGAGCUCCGGCUCGGCAUUGCCUUUGAAACUGUUUCCAUCAUUGUCCGUGCACACUCCACUACGACGCAGAAAGCAUGUCGCGGUGGCGUCGCCGAUUUCUGAAGAACGUGCGAUUGAAGAGACUAUAGUUGAGAAGUUUGCUCGUGCGCCUGUCAAUGUGCCUAUUGCAGAUUCAUCCAUCGUCAACGCCACCACCGAUGACGGAUCGUUCGGGCCAAUCACUAGCGACGAAGACGAUGGGCAGUUUUUAGUAGAGGAGGUUCUCGAUAGGCGAUCAAAGUUGAUGGCUGAUGGCUGUGAACACUUCGAAUACUUGAUCAAGUUUGUCGGGUAUAGCGCCAAAUACAAUGAAUGGAUUCAGGCCGAUGAUCUAUGCGCUGACCUGCGUAUUAAGUUCAAUAUUGAACAUGCUGGGCUAGACUUUGAAGGACAAAAUACGUUGGAAAAGGUCUCGGUCGAUCCUGAGGAAGACCUUUUGGCUGCCAUCGAGCGAUGCGGCGACCCUGGCAUCCGCAUCGGCAGUGUUGCCUUGGGCGAGCCUGACUGGGAUGAGAUGGAUCUGGAGAGCACUCAACGGCUCGCGGAAUCUGCUGCUGACGGAGACAUGCAAAUGGAGGAUGAAUCUGCCGGUGAAGGUACGAACAAGAUCUCGAGGGGCAAGCCUCAAAAGAGUCGCAAAGCCUGCAAGUCAGACAAGCAAGUCAAGCCCUCCAAGCCCGCAACCAAUCGUGGAUCUUUCUCGGCAAUGGAACGGGCUGUCAUACAGCGACGUGCCAACCAGAUCUGCAGAGAAAGAGGGAUCACAGCAUAUGAAUUCAAGGAGGCGAUUCAGGUUAAACGUUACAAGGCAAAAAGUGACGUGUCUGAAAUAUGGCAGUCUCUGAUAAGUGCGCUUCCACUGCGCAGUAGAGUUUCCGUUCAGAAAUACUGUAGGAGACAGUUCAAUAAUGCCCAACGCGGAGCCAACUGGACUGCCGAGCAAGAUGCUAUCUUGCUUGAGUAUGUGACGGAGUACAAUAACAGCUGUGGCUCGUCCAAGAACAUUCCAUAUGCCAUCAUAGCCGAAAGAUUGCAGCGCCGGGCCGAAGAUUGUCGCGACCGCUAUCGCGACUAUCUCGAAUACCCCGAUCGGCGCACGGAUCCAUGGACGGCUGAAGAGGAGGCAAGAUUGCUAGACGUUGUCGAGAAUGUCAUCCAGUUCGACAUUGACUACAUCAAGGAGAGCGGGACGUGGGACGCGUCACGGUAUCCGCGAGAGGCCCUUGAACGUCGUAUAAAUUGGGACGUAGUUGCAAAGACGAUGAAGACCCGGAAUCGCCUUCAGUGUCAUCCUCACUGGUACACUCUGAAGAACGGCAACACCCCAAGACAGCGAAGAGAGAAAGCCAAGGCUAGAAAGCCCGCCGCUGAGAGGGCCGAGGCCGAGUCUGCUGCGGAAACAGACGUCGCUUCACUCAACAAGCACAAUCGCCUCUCGCAGGCCACCACAUUGCCGCCGACAGACCAGAGUAGCCCGGACGCCAUCUCAGCAAUAGGCCAACCCCGACACGUCCGAAGGAAGAGCAGCCUGGAGCUUUAA